GCAAAAACGAAAGUAGAAAUGUUGCAGAUUUAACUAGCUGCUCAUGACUAGCUGCUCAUGACUAACAUCGCAAAACACAUAUUUUUUUUUUAUCAUCGAAAUCAGCCAACUUUUGGUAAGAAGUCGGUAAUCAAGAAGUAAGAAGGUAAAGACAGUGAGUGUUUAUUUAAGUGUAGCCGAUUUAGGUAGUAAAGACUAGACAAGCCAGUCAGUAAUAAUUAAUUAAAUUUUAAAUUAAUAGUAUUAUUAAUAUUAUUAUUAAUAGUAUAGUAUAAUAUAGUAUAUAGUAUAGUCAUAGUCAUAGUAAUCAAUGCAAUGACUCAGUGACUAAUGAAUCAUAAUGAAUCGAUCAACCAUGAAUCGUGUAUAAAUAUAUUUAUAGUUUCUAGAUUAUAUAAUAUAAGAUAGAGUAAGUAAUGUCAUGAAAAUAACGUUAUAAUAAGUAGAACUAUCAGACUAUCAUUAUCACAUAACAUUAACAUUUAAUUUAAAAUUUAAAUUUAAAUGAAAACAAUCAGAUGCACAGCUGCCCAUUAAUUAUUAGGCUAUAUUUGAUUGAACUGAACUGAUACUGUUUAAAUUAAAUACGGUAAAUGCAAAGAGAUGGCACUGUGUUUUUUACCAUGGCCACCAUCUUGGUUGCCGCGACCCGUGAAUUUUGACAGUUUGGAAAAAUAAAAUAAUCACGUUAGCUAAAAUUAGGAUUAAAACGUUAAAAAUUAAUGAAAAAAUGUCCUAAAUGUAUCCCUAAACCUAACCUGGGUUUUGACCCUAUCCGAACCAGGGGGUUUUGACCCUAUCUUAACCAGGGUUUUGACCCUAUCCGAACCUGGGUUUUGACCCUAUCCGAACCAGGGUUUUGACCCUAUCGGAACGUGGGUUUUGACAGUAUCGGAACCAGGGUUUUGACCCUAUCGAAACCUAGGUUUUGACCCUAUUGGAACCAGGGUGUUGACCCUAAACUGAUAUCCCUAAAUCGAUCCCUAAACCUAACCUGAACCCUAAAUAUAUCUCUAAAGUCACAGCUGCAAGUAAAAACACGUGGAAUUUACACAUUGUGGCAAGAAAACUAUGAAAAUGAACAAAAACAAUAAAAAAUUGCCAGAAAUAAUUUUAAAAUAAAGAAAUAAUGAAAACCCAACUUACAGUUUCAUAGAAUACACUUUUACACACUUUAUUUCAGGUUCCACCGAUAAGAAUAUCCAGAAAAUGAAUAAAACACUAUGAGGUCAUGCAAUAAAGCUGUUUCAAAGAUGGCGGAACACAUAAAAAUAUUAUAAUUAGCCAACCAAUAAAAUUUUUAAAUUAUAAUUAAUCAACCAUUAAAAAUUUAAUUAAAACGUGCCAUCCUCAUAUUAAUGAAAAUGUAACUCUAUUAACAAAAAAUAAGGGGAGUGAAUCCAAAACAGCACCUUAACAAAACACGCAAAUGACGUCACUGUGCUAUCUCUUCGCUUUACCCUUAAAUACAUUUUUACUAUUGUCUAUUGUAAUAGUUAUUGAAUAUUUAAGUCUUUGACUAUGAUUGACACUUGUACUUGUAUACUAAGUAUACAAAGAAUACAAAAUCAAAUAGAGAUGUGCAGCUCAGCCGCAACCAGACCAGCACAUGACUUAGCUGGGCGUUAAAGCCUGGUAUAAAAGCCCAGUUUCAUGAAGAGUGGCUCAACAGUUGGACAUUAGCAUCAGGUGAAACAGCUCGAUAGCUCUAUCAAAACAUGUCACGAAUGAGAAAAAUAGAAUCACUGGUGGCGACUUGUACAAAGCAAACAGAGCCUCGUUACAAAAAUGAGGAUCGAAUAUUGCCCAACACAAAGCUACCAGCAUAGACUCAACUCAUGUAGGGACCCGAACUGCCAGCUCUGGGGCCUUGCUGCUGAAACAAUAGAACAUCUAAUCGCAGAGUGCCCCUAACAGGAACCUGGAUCUGAAGGGUUAAGCCCCGAAGCUUGCAUUAAUCUUCUCGCCUGUGACAAACUAACCAGGGUCAAACCAGACCAGUCUAGGCUCGACCCUACAAGAGAAAGAAUCACAUAACGUCAUAAGUAUAACUAUCAUCAUAACAUUACAUUCACAGUUAAUAAAAUGUAAACAAUCACAUGCUGUCCUUUAAUAUUAUUUGACUCCUUCGAUAAAUUUCAUUGUCUGAGUUUUUGAAUAUUGAGUCUGUUGACUAUUUUCUACUUCUUACAUGGCAUAUUAUUUUAUUAGUACGGUAUUUAUUAAGUUUUUAAAAAUAAAUGUUUUUAUUUUGUAUAAAUUGCUUUGAUUCUUGAUUAUACCAUGAUUCAGGGACAUUAUAAUAUAUGAAUACUGGUAUGUUAAAAAACUUUACAUGAGUAGGGCCAAUUGGUCUUCUACUCUUACAUGUCUUAAUUUUGGUAUAAGGUUGUUAGCAUUGACUGUACAUCAGCAGAUGAGGUCAUGUUCGCUGAACUUUGCAUUUUACUAUUUCACCACUUAGGCACAUGUUUGAUCUAGUUGUAUUUAAAGACAGAAGUAAAUUAUGAGAUUGAAGAAAUUUUUGUUUUCUUCUUUUUUAGACCAUGAUGAGUUAAAAUUAGGGAAGAUGUAUUUUUUACGCCAUUUACUAGUGUCACUGCAACUAUCAAUCGUUCAAACACUUCUACCUGGUUCUAAUCUACAUAUGGACAGAUCGUUAAUAGGUCAAGGUUUUCACAGGUUGGUUUGUAUUUAUUGAGAUGAAAAUAUAUUGUUUAAAAGAAAGAGUGUCAAGUGAAAAAAUAUUGAUCCUUCUAAUUAAGGUAGGAUGCAAUAUUGUUUAGUCUAUUAGAGGGGAGCAGGCUGGUGGCCAUGAGGCUCAACUGGACCAGGGCCUUGUCUUCUGGGCAUAAUUUUCUCCUCUUUUUCAGAAGCAGUGUUUUUUAUAUAUUUAUAUAAUGUGGGCUGUCCCAAUGGCUUCUUUUUUGGACCAGGAAAAAGGGGUGGGGGGGGGGGAUGUGAUCCAUUGAGAUCAGGCUGUGCAUAGAAAAAAAUUUAUGUCAAUUUAAAAAAAAAAGGAUGAUAACUCUGCUCUUGAGGUACACAAAAUUGGCAAGGAAAUUAAAUACCGGUUAUAUAAUCUUUUUUCCUUUCUUUUACUAUUAGAGAUUUGAACACAUACAUUGUUUUGGAUAAAGAUCUGCGAGGAUUAUAUACAUCACCAGAAUGUUCAUUGUUGCUUAUAGAGACUCUUCCUGCUGGUGUAUAUGCUGACCCGUUUCAGCUUAGUUCUAUGGUCCCUUUCGGAGGCCCCAAGGUAAACAUAAUAACUGUAGGAUUGUUGGAACAUUUCAUAGGAGAAUUUUAAAGCUAACUAGUACAAACAGGAAAUAAGUGAAAGUAAUUUUCAUUUUGCAGUAACAGAAUGACCAUCCUCAAUAGAAUUAUUUAAAACAAAUACAUAUUUUUGCACCAAAACAAAUAGAAUAGAAUAUUUAAAAAAAAUGAAGUAUCCAUUUUUAUUAACAUUGAAGUUAAAGUAAAAGGCAUUGUUCUCAAAAAUAUAACUGAAACUGUCUGGAUUGAAUAUUUGUUUAUCUGAUUUAUUUUUUCCAGAUUCGACUUGAUGGUGCUGUUAAUAUAGAAGCAGCUGAGUUUAUGUCCAAGUCACAUGAAUUGUAUAUAUUUGUAAAUGUGAACCUUUAUGCUGUUGACACCAUGACAGAACAGACUGUCAUUAAUAUCUCCUUUCCCAUACAUGCUCGUUACCACAAGCCUUCAUCUGAUCCCAAUGUGUCACAUUCAACAGUCACUAUAUUUCAUCCUAGCCUAUAUUCUAACUGCUCAAAAUCAGGUUUGCUUUAUUAGAAUAACCUUUAAGUUGAAAUGUAAUUUAUGUACCGGUAUAUGUAAUUUAUUAAAUUGCUACAUAAUUUUAUAUAUAGUUGUUUUUAAUUAUCUAAUUAUUAAAAUUAUAAUAUUUAUAAUGUUGCAACCAUAUUGGUGUAGAAUGUAGAUGAUUUCCUUGAAUUAAAAUCAUCUUUACUUUUUGUCUUCAAAUGAUGAACAGAUUGCACUAAGGACAGCAUAAGUCAUUGCCCAAAUUUCAUUUCCUUUUAUCAGAUGCUGGAAGUUUUCUCUCAGCACCUUGUGAUGUUUCAAGUAAUUUACUCUGUCGAUGGGAACAGCUGUCAUAUAUUUGUGUAAGCUCUGUAAUCUUUUAUUUCAUAUUCAUGAGCCAAUAUAUUUAAGUAUUUCAUGUCCCAGAAAUCAUUGCUCUGAAUAAAUAUAUUAAAUUAAAUUGAAAGGCGUGCCUCAUUUAAGUCAACUUGCCACAAAUAAGAUAGCUAAUUCAUAAGAUCUUGAUAAAUACAAUUUUAAGUGAGCUUAAAAAUGUAAUGUCAAAAUUUAGUCACUGUCUUAAAAUAUUUAUCCCUUUUCAUAAAUUGUUUUCCAGAGUGCUGCCCCUCUUGAACUCAUGAUCCCAGUAGGCAUGGCAAGAGACAAGCCCAUUGUGAUUUUAGUGACCCUCCUGGUCACCGCCACUAUUUGUUCCCUGCUCAUUAAAUUUAUCUGGGAAUCAGAUUCUCAAACCUGUAAGAAACAUUCAUGAAUGAGAUCAAUGAAUUUAAAUUAAGCUUACCCUUACAAUGUUAUACAAUAGAACGAUGCUAUAGCAUGCCUUGCUAUAAUUAGUAUAAUGUGAAUGCCUCUAUAACACGGUCGCGGCAUGGUUCCAAAAAUUUUCUAUAUUCAUAUGACCGUGAAAAAAAACCUAACCGGUACCGGUAUUUCAAAGUAAGUGACAUGAAGAAAUGUUUUAAAAAAUAUUUAGAGAUCAAGAAUCAAUUUAAAUAUAAUAUGAUUGUGGCGUGGUUCCUGGAAUUGUGAAAUUAAUAAAUAGCAAAAGAAUGAGGGCACCACACACACACACCCAACACCCCCCCCCCCAGUUAGCUAGUCUUGGUAGUGUUAUUAGACAUAAUCAUUUGAAGUUAUAAUAACAUGCACUUUAUCAGCAGUAAAAAUCCCAAUGCUAUACUGAUGGAAUCGAGGGUUCACUUCACCAUGUGUAUAUUGUUAGGCAUCUGGGGCAUGUGAGGGUGCCUUAGUUACAAUCAGAUUAGUUUCCUUCAAAUAUUUGGAUUUUUAUUGGAUUUUAGAAUUUUACCACAUUAUUGUAUUCGGUAAAUAAUAAUAUUUAUUGGAAAACACAUAAAUUAUGAGUUUAAUGAUCUAUCUGGAUAAAGUUACUGGUAAUACCAUUGGGAGAAUGAAUGCUAAAAUAUUUUGAUUUCAUAUGAAUACCCCUGUAAUUCAAAUCAGAAAAAUAGUAAGGGGAAUUCUUACUUGUUACAUGUUAAUUAAUGUUUAAAUAUGUACCAUUUUAACAUUCCAAAUUUACCCACUUGGAUAUUAUUUUUUACCUUUAAAUUAAGCAACACCCAUUUUUUUAAAGAAAGUGCAAGACAUUUUUAAUGAUACGAUUCUUAAUUUUUAAUUUAAUUCAUAAAAAUUUGUUUUUUAUAAAACACGAUUAGUUAAAGAUGUCUUUACAUUGAACUGUAGUAAAGGUAUUCAACAAUUCAUGGAGAUAGAGGACGUUCAGGAGAGAAAGAUGGUGAUUAAUGUGUAACACAAUGCAAUGUUUACAAUACAGAAACAGAGCCUAUGUUUCUGUGGGUAAAAACUUAUGUCUGAAAGGUUCAGUGGAAAAAAACCAAGAAGACAACUUCCUUUCUAUCUGGGCGUGCUACUAAUCAAAGUUUUUAAAAAUAUAUACGUUUAAAAAGGCAGCAUUAGCUUUUCAAACCUCAUCAACAUAGGUUAGUGGAAUGCAAAAAUUUUGUGAAUCUUGCAGAACAGGUUAAUGGUAAAAUUCAAUUCAUUGCUCUUGCUGUUGUUGCCAAAUAAUGCACAAUUGAGUCAAGAAAAAGAAUAUUGUAGUUUCUCUUAUAUUUUACUAAAAUGUGAUAUGGUCAGAGUUCCAUCUCUGUUUCUUAUGAAAUACAGGUUUGGUCUAAAAUAUUUAUAAUUAUAAAGUAGAAAAUUAUCACCUUUUUUUUAUUGCUUUAAAAAAUAAACCUUGCAAAUUUAAUGCAAUGUUUAUAUACAGGUAUUUAUUUUCAUUUUUACUUAAACUUAUUGCAUCAAAACUUGCUGGUACUACUCAAGCAGUAUAAGCUAAUAAUAACUCUGUUUUCCAUAUGACAAGUUUUCAAAGCCUUGUACUUAUAUUUAUAGUUCAUAACUUUCAUAAUACAUUUGAAAAUGUAAUUUUUUGAAAUAUAUUUUUGGAGGUUGCCAUUUCUUUCUAGUAGAAGUUACAAGUUAAUUCAUUUUAUUUGUUGAUGUGUUGAUUAGGCCUAGGCCUACUUGAUUGUCACUUUGUCUUAGACUUAAUACCAAAUAAAUGUUUUAAUUUUAUCUUUAAGUAAAAUUGUUAGAAGGGCGCGGGAGGCUUUCUACCAUUAGUUGAUAUUUUAUUAUUUUAUGUGUAGGACCAGGUGCUAUUCUUCUUUGGUGAUAUUCCUCAACACCACAUAGAAAAACUUCAGAAGGCACAGAACUCAGCAUGCAGACUCCAUUUUUAAAUCAAAGAAACAUGACCACAUUCAACCACACAUGCGGCAACUCCACUGGCUUCCAAUAUCCUCUCGCAUCAAAUACAAGUCUGCCAAUCUUUGCUUCAACUCGUUCACUGACCCUCACUUUCCUGUCUAUCUCUCUGAACUGUUGCUUCCUUACAUCCCCACAAGACAACUACGUUCUUCCAUUGACAGUAGAACCCUCUCAAUCCCAAGAACUAAAACUAAGACCAUCGGUGAACGCUCCUUCUGCUUCCAUGGGCCCACGUUCUGGAACCAGCUCCCCUUCCAUAUACGUCAUAGUGAAACCUCGUCCAUUUUCAAAAAGUCCCUUAAAACUCAUCUGUUUAGGUCCGCCUAUGACCUGUGAUGCACCCUCCUUGCCCUACCUCAUUUUCUGUUUCGGGUUGAUCCUGAAGUGUCAAAGUGUCCUCGUUUUAUAGUCAUUUUCAUUGUUUCUAUAAAAUAGUAGUUACUAUCCUAGUAUCUCAUUUGUAUUUACUUAGUUUACAUGUUUUAAUAAUUGUAAAGCGCUUAGAGCUUUAUGAUAAG